UUCAAAUCCGGAAGUAUUAUUGUAAAUUAUUGUUACUUAAUGGAGAGGCGUAGGAAAACCAGCUGCCUAAGUAAACUACAUCAUAAAGGACUACAAGGUGCGGCAAAUAAAAAGUGCAAUGUGAGAAAUCGACGGGAGCAUACUGGCAGCCAAGCAAAACCGAGAACUAUGUAAAGAUACAGUGUGAAAGCACAAUGCAUUUGAUCUCUGUGUAAUGACACUGGUCAUGUUUUACCAGACUUGUACAAUGUAGUCACGCUCUCUUGUAUGAGGAUGAGAUUUCAAAGAUUUUUGACAGCAGCAAUUUUGUUCUGUUUUGUGGUCGGCAUGUUGCUUGGAAUAAGAAUCCUUACUCUACAGGACAAGAGACAUGUAUAUGAUUUCCAAAACAAACUACAUAGGGGACACAAGCAGCUGAAAAAAGCACAAUUUUUUUAUUCUUCGGCAAAUGCCGAGAUUGCCACGAAUACCCCAUUACCACUCUCUGUGGGUGAUCCUAUCAAAGUUACAACAUUGGAUACCCCCAAAAAGAAAGCAUUUGAAUUAAAAGUUUCACCAACAUCAAAUUUUCACCAAAGUGACAAUAUAAAACGCGUUCAAAAGAGCACUGUGAUAAAAGGUGGAGAACCCUUGUUAAAUUAUAAUGUGCAUGUCUUUUACUAUGCAUGGUAUGGAAAUCCUAAGUUUGACAAUCAGAACUAUAUUCAUUGGAAUCAUCCCUACCUACCUCACUGGAAUGAAAAAGAAAAUGCUAAAUGGCCUAAAGGACAACAUAUGCCUCCAGAUGAUAUUGGGUCCAAUUUUUAUCCUGAACUUGGUCCAUAUAGUUCUCAGGAUCCUCAGGUGAUUGAAACCCACAUGGAGCAAAUUAGUUCAGCUGGAAUUGGUGUGAUCGCUCUGUCCUGGUACCCACCUGAUAUGGCAGAUGACAACGGCAUGCCACAAGAAUUUUUUUUACCAAAACUGCUGGAUGUAGCAGAUAAGCAUAAAGUGAAAGUGGCAUUCCAUAUUGAGCCAUACAAAGGAAGAGAUCCUAUUAAUUUAAAAGAUAAUGUGAAAUAUCUCAUUGAUACCUAUGGCAAUCACACAGCAUUCUAUAGGCAAAUGAGAAAUGGGAAGAAACUGCCACUUUUCUAUAUAUAUGAUUCCUAUCAAAUUAAACCAAAGGACUGGGCAAAAAUCUUCAAACCUGGACCUUCCAGUCUGAGAAAUUCUCAUUAUGAUGGCAUCUUUAUAGGACUGCUAGUAGAACAGACUCAUAAAAAAGACUUAAUGCAGGGUGGAUUUGAUGGAUUUUACACAUAUUUUGCAAGUGAUGGGUUUUCUUAUGGAUCAAAAAUUGCUAACUGGCCACUUCUUAUGGAAUUUGCUAAGCGGACACAAUUAUUGUUUAUACCAAGUGUAGGUCCUGGAUAUAUUGAUACACAGGUGAGGCCUUGGAAUGGCAGAAAUACAAAGGACAGACAUUACGGAUUAUAUUACCAAAGGAUGUUGAAAACAGCCAUGUCAGUCAGACCAGAGAUAAUAUCUAUUACUUCCUUCAACGAAUGGCAUGAAGGGACACAAAUUGAAAAUGCAGUGCCAUUUAUGAAUGGGAAAUUUCAUUAUUUAGAUUAUUCACCGAAUCCACCAGAUUUCUAUCUUGAUCUCACUAAGACUUUUGUCAGACAGUUUUCCAAAUUGUGAUAUUGCUAUUUAAAAUUUAGGUAAAGGUGAUCCUUGAAUGUUAGUAUCAUAUUGUACCUUGUUCCUUUAUUUUCAUUUCCUCAUUCUUGUGAAAUGACUGUCAUUAUUCAUUCCACCAUCUUGACAAAGGUGCUUAAUCAUGUGGUGUAACAAAGGUUUACCAUUUAAUAUUUCAUUUUUUUUUCUGAGUACAUACCUAUAUAGAGUAAAAUAAAUAAUUUAAUAAGUCCA